AUGUCAACUACACCUGUCGUCCUCGAUCUUGGUACAGGCUACCUCAAGGCUGGCUUAUCAUCACGCCAAAUUCCAGAUUUUGUCCUUCAGAACACCGUUGGACGUCCAAUUCUUCGCAGUGAUGAGUCAUUCAGUAAAGCAAAGCUUAAAGACAUUAUGGUUUGCGACGAAACAUAUCCAGUUCGCCAGUAUCUUGAUCUUACAUUGCCAGUUGAGCACGGCAUUGUCAAGAACUGGGAGGACGAAGCACUUGUUCUUGAUUACGUUUUCAAAGAGAAGCUGAAGAUCCGCAACGAGGACCACCCACUUCUCAUCACAGAAGCUCCACUCAAUCCAAAGGACAACCGCAAGAAGAUGUGCGAAAUUUUCUUCGAGCAGUUCAACUUCCCACGCCUUCAGGUUUGCCCACAAGCACUUCUUGUUCUUUACGCACAGGGUCUUAUGACCGGUGUUGUCGUCGACUCUGGUGAUGGUGUCACACAUAUCAUGCCAAUUGCCGAGAACUACAUUCUUUCACACCUUACAGGCCGUAUGGAUAUUUCCGGUCGUGAUGUCACAGAGCAGCUUGUCAAGCUUCUCACACUUCGUGGCUACACCUUCCACAAGACUUCCGACUUCGACGUUGUCCGUGAGAUCAAGGAGCAACUUUGCUUCAUCUCCGCCGAUAUCGAUGUUGAUCGUAAGAUUGCUAAUGAGACUACAACAUUUGUUGUUCCAUACAAGCUUAACGACGGCCGUAUUGUCAAAGUCUCCGGUGAGCGUUUCGAAGCACCCGAAAUUUUGUUCCAGCCAGAUCUCAUUGGUCUUGAAUGCAAGGGCCUCAGUGAUCUUCUUUUCGACACAAUCAUGAAAGCAGAUAUCAACCUCCGCCGCAACUUGUUCGAGAGCAUUGUUGUUUCCGGUGGUACCACAAUGUUCCCAGGUCUUUCUGAGCGUCUUCAGAACGACCUCAAGAAGAGUGUUCUCACCAAAGUCCUCGGCGGCAACUCUAAAUCUCUUGAGUCAUACAAGAUCAACGUCGAAGAUCCACCAAACAGACGCUACCUUGUUUAUCUUGGUGCUACUAUCCUUGCCAACCUUACAGAGAACAAGAGCCAGCAGUGGGCUACUAAGCAAGACUACAACGAGAUUGGUGUUGACCGCAUCAUCGCGAAGUGGGGCAGUGCUCAGUAA